AUGGCUACAAUGCCUUCUGAUUUGCUUGUAACCAAGAAAGCCUUCGCAUUCUUUCAGAAUGCGUGUCUUCAACACCGCUUCAUUCGAUCCAAGGACACAUCAAAUAUUGUAGAACGACCAGAGCGUCUCAGAGCUGUCAGCAUUGGGCUGGCUGCGGCAAUCGCUCGUCUAGAAGAGGUUGUAUCUAGUGGCGCACCAAAUCAAACAACCUCCAGCAGCACAGCAAAGCAACCCGAUCCAAAUGACUUGGCUGAAGUCAUGGGUCGAAUGAAGCUAGAGCACGAUUCUCCUUUAUUUGUUAGAUCACCGGUUUCAGUCGUUCAAAGCCAAGCCACCGUCGACAUUUUGAACAACCCUGCGGUUAAAUUCGUCCACGGCGAUAUCGAGGGAGAUGUGUAUCUCGAAAAUCUCAAGGCAUGGGUCAAGGGCAGCUCAGAUAAGGUCCUCAAUAACGAAUGUGAAAUUCCCGAACACCUUUCGCAGGGAGACUUGUAUCGUAGGCUCUUCGCAAUUUGUGUGACUCGGCCGAAACGACUCAUUCUCUUCUUAGUCUGUCCCGAAUCGAUCGACGCGAUACAAGGUGCCGUUGGUACCGUUUGCCAAGCCGUAGAUAUGGUGGUCGCAUCUUCUCGCGGGGCGUCCGGAGCAUCUGGGGCCUCCUCAACGUCUCGUCGAGCAUUUGUCGCAAUCCGACCGCCGGGACACCACUGUGGUGAAGAUACGCCCUCUGGCUUUUGUUUUAUAAACAAUGUUGCCGUAGGUGCCGCUCAUGCUCACCUUCAACAUGGAAUCAAUCGCAUCGUUAUAGUUGAUAUUGAUCUCCACCAUGGCAACGGCACUCAGUCUAUCGUAUGGCAAAUCAACGAGGAGACCUAUCGCAAGGUUCUUGAGCAAAAAGGGGGUGGACCACCCUCCUCACCUGGGCCUCAAAUUUACUACGGAUCCACGCACGACAUUCUUUCGUACCCGUGCGAAGAUGGGAAACUCAAUCUUAUCCAGGCGGCUUCGGUCUCCAUCCACAAAUCUCAUGGACAAUACAUUGAGAAUGUUCAUCUGCAAGAAUAUACUUCAGAAGAACAUUUCUGGGACGCCCUGUACAAGCAUGAAUAUAGCAAAGUCUUGCGAAGGGCAGAAGAAUUUCUGGAUGGUACAGGCGGCCCUGGCGAUGAUGUCAUGGUAUUCAUCAGUUGUGGAAUGGACGCUUGUGAGCACGAAUACGAGUCGAUGUCGCGCCACAACCGUAAAGUUCCUUCGUCCUUUUACUAUCGCUUCGCGCAAGAUGCUUGCGCGUUAAGCGAAAAGUACGCGCGAGGACGUGUCGUUAGCGUCCUAGAAGGCGGGUAUAGCGACCGUGCACUGAUUAGCGGCGCGAUGGCACACAUGUGUGGAUUAGUAGAUCUACCAUCCUCUCUAAAAAUAGAGGAGGAUUGGUGGAGCGUAGAAAACUUGAUCAAGCUCGAGAAAUUAACCAAAAGACGCCGAGGCGGCAGACCUUCCCUCGGUGCCUCUGGUUCUGCUGAGCCCUGGCUGGAGCGGACAAUUGCGAUACUUGAGCCCUUAGAAACAUUGUCAGUGUCGUCCUCUCGACGUCCCAUCGCAUCCACACCUCCCACAUCGAUGACCCUACGCGAUAGGACAAAGGUCAAGACAACGUCUGCAGCAGGAUCCCCUUCUCGCCCCAGCACGACGCCGGCGAAGUCCACUGUGCCUGCCUCAGCUUCUGCUCCAAAUGCUAGUGGUACAUCAGGUUUUGAGGCCGGUUCAACAGAAGGUGAUGCUACUCGGACAAACAAGCUACCACGCGUUAUCUUGAGGUUGGGCCCGAAGCCCCCUGAUACAACUUGA